AUGUCUUUUAAGCGUAUUGAACACACCGAUAUCCCAAACUCUGAGCUAGUAAAAUGCAUAGACUUGACAAGUGCUGCUCUUGGUAGUUCGAUUGUUGCUGUCAGUGAUGAAUUCUUUGGAAAAGCUGAAAACUUAAUAAGCCCAGCAAGCCCUAUUCAUAAACCUGAUCAUUUUGUUGACACCGGUUAUUGGAUGGACGGAUGGGAAUCAAAACGCCAUUGUCGUACUCAUGACUGGGUCAUCAUUAAACUUGGAUUUCCUGGAUCUUUGAGUGGAUUUGACAUUGACACCAGUUACUUUAUUGGAAACCAAGCAUCAGCUGCUAGUGUAGAGGCUACAUUUGCGCUUGAUGGGGAGGAUGUAGAGAGCAAGAACACCAAAUGGACUACAGUACUUCCCAAGGUCGAUCUCCCUCCAAACUCUCACAAUGUGUUUGUACUUUCCAAGUCAGCACCUGUCUGUACUCACAUUCGCCUCAACAACAUUCCUGAUGGUGGUAUUGCUCGUUUCCGUGCAUAUGGAAAUGUCAAUCCUAUCUUACCCAAGGACCCUUCGGAUGUGAUUGACUUGGCAUUUGUCGGUAAUGGAGCCAAGAUUACACAAGUCAGCAACCAAUUCUACACACCUGCUAGCAACCUUUUACUUCCAGGACGCGGAGUACAUAUGGGAGACGGAUGGCAGACAAAUCGAUCUCGUCAGCCUGGAAACUCGGAUUAUGUUAUUAUUCGUCUUGCGACCAAGGGGCACAUUCUCAAGAUUGAGCUUGAUACUUCUCACUUCAAAGGAAACUUCCCUGACAAGGUUACGCUACAGGGCACAAACUCGGCGGAGGAUAUUCCUCCUUUAGGUUCCAAAUGGACAGUCCUUGCUGAUAAUGUUGAAACUGGACCCCAUGGAUUGUUCUAUUUUGAUUCUCUUGUUCCUAAAACUGCAUUCACUCACGUCAAGCUGAUAAUUAUUCCAGAUGGAGGAUUGAAGCGAGUUCGUCUUUGGGGUGUUCCUGAGGGUGGAAAGAUCCCUACCUUACCCAUCAAAAUCCCCUCUCUCCUCAACAAGCCCAUGAUGAUAGCUCAACCUUUGACAAGAGAGGAUUUUGCACCUUACGGUGAUGUGAUCCAGGCUAGUUCUGGGAUUGCUGUCACAAGUGCCAACCAAGGCACGGCUGAGAAAUACCAUCAGGUUGGACAGGUUAUCAAUGAGUUUGCAAAAGGUAGGGGACGGUCCCAUCUGUCUGUCUUUCACUGCAGACCGAUAACCGAGAUCCCUUUUACUGUCAAACUGCUUGAGAGACAUCCUUACUCUAGCCAGGCAUUUAUACCCAUGACUGAUGGGCGGGUCCGUGGAUAUCUUGUGGUGGUGGCCUUGAACGGAGAGGAUGACAAACCGGACAUGAAGACACUCAAGGCGUUUAUUGCAUCAUCGACCCAGGGAAUUAAUUACAGAGAAGGCAUCUGGCAUCAUCCAAUGAUCGCCCUGGAAAACGAGACUGACUUUGCGUGCCUGGUGCAUGAGAGCGGAAUUCCAAAGGAUGAUUGUAAUGAAGUGGAUGUAGAAGAGGUUGUGGUGGAUAUUCCAGGAUUCCAUGCAUAA